UACUGUUGUUAAUUAAUUUGCCCUUGAGGUUGCUUGGGCUUUUUCAUGGAUGGAGUGAAGCCUUAUGCCGUUGUGAUUCUCAUACAAAUAAUAGAUGCUGGGUUGUUCAUGAUCACCAAAGCAGCUUUUACCCUUGGUUUAAAUCCUUUAGUUUUUGUCUUUUACCGACAAGCUUUUGGCACCCUCUUGUUAGUUCCUUUGGCAGUGAUUCUUGUGAGGAGAAAAGCUAAGCCACGACUUUCAUUCAUGUUAUUGUUUAAGACGUUCAUGCUUGUCUUGAUAGGGAUUCCAAUUUUUUUUGACAUGUUUUUCAUUGGAUUGAGCUACAUAUCAGCAACAGCAACUUCUGCCAUUUCAAACUCCCUACCUGUAUUCACCUUCAUUUUUACUGUUCUCUUCAGGAUGGAAACUCUGAAGUUGAAGAGCAGAUCAGGCAUAGUUAAGGUUCUGGGAAUACUAUUCUGUAUGACUGGAAUAAUGAUCAUUGCUCUAUAUAAAGGCCCCCAGUUGAGCUCCUUGAACCACCAUCACACUCAAUUCACCAACCCUGAAGGAAACUCCAACCUUGAGACCAAACACUCUACCACUACUUGGAUAAAAGGCUCCUUCAUACUGAUCUCGUCCUACAUAAUCUGUUCACUGUGGUUCGUCUUCCAGGGGAUAUUGCUGAAGGAGUACAAAUCAAAGCUCCUUUUCACAACCUUUCUCUGCAUAUUCAGCACCAUCCAAUCAUUUAUUAUUGCCAUCAUCUUCCAAAGAGACUUUGCCAAAUGGAAGCUUCACUGGGACAUGGGAUUGCUCGCAAUUGGAUACUCUGCAGUAGCUGUCACCGGUUUCUCCUACUACUUGCAAGCCUGGUGUAUUGAGAAGAAGGGUCCUGUCUUUCUUGUCAUAUCGUCACCAUUGGCCUUUGUUUUCACCAUGAUAGGCUCAUCAUUCAUCUUAGGUGAAAAAAUCAAUUUGGGAAGUGUAUUAGGUGGGAUUUCUUUGGUGGCAGGACUAUACAGUGUUCUCUGGGGAAAGAGCAUGGAAAACAAAGUGCCUGAACCAUCCAUUGAAAGCAGUGAAUGUUAACAACUCAUCAUGUGCUGAAAAUUUCAGCAAAGUAUAAUUUUAUCUUGAUUAAAAUCAUAGGAAGCAUCUAAAUAUAAUGAUUGAUCCAAAUUUUAAUAAAUCUGGGUUUAUCUACUUUAUUCAAAAAAAAAAAAAUUUUUUUUUUG